GUUCACGUGACGGUGUUUUUUUUUUUUAAUCUAACAAACGUGUGUCUACGGGAAAGUCGGUCCUCUACACUGUGAAGGAACGCAGCAGCUAUAGAAAUGAGUAGACACGUUAAGAGAAGAAACCCUGAAUCUACAUAACAUUUUAUUUUUCUAUAUUUUGACGCUGCAAUGUCGCUCCAACCGCAAGUGGAGGACGCGCAGGGUGCGAGAAGCGCCUUCUUCAUCGGCGCUGACUCGGACAACGUCUUGGAAGAGCAGGACCACCAUCCCCUUAUACUACAAAAAGCCAAAGCUCUGGCGUCGAAAAACUGCCUGAAAGAAGCCAUUGACCUGUUUUCGGUGGCUAUGCGGUACGGCCCCGUGCAACCGGAACAACUGGGCACCUUGGUGGACUGUAUCCUCCGCAACUUCAAGAGACAAGCGGCCGGGCCGCACUCACUUUCGUGUCGCAGUCGGGACUCGGAGGAGAGCCGCGAGGAGGACGUGUUCGACUGCCCCAGCUGCCACCGCUUUUUAGGCGAACCUGUGACGAUAGCCUGCGGACAUUCGUAUUGUAAAAGGUGCUUACAGAGACAGCUGCUCUCCAAAUGCAAGCUGUGCAGCGCGGCCGUCGGCGGCGGCGAGGAGAAAGCGAACGUCAUUCUGUGCGGACUUUUAGACAAAUGGUUCCCCGACGAGCUGAAAAGGUCGAAAACGCUGUGCGAAGUGGACGAGCUCUGUAGGAGAAGACGCUACCACGAAGCCGUGUCGUUAGCUACCGAUGUCAUCCAGGGUGAUUCAGAGACGAUGGCCGCAGCACGACUGUCUCGGGCGGAGGCAUACAUGGCUCUCAAACUGUACCGUUUGGCUUUGGAGGACACAGAAAGUAGUCCCUGUUCUGCUGAGGCUUUGUUUAGGAAAGCUAUGGUGCUGCACGAGAUGGGCCAAGUCGACGAGUCUCUCCAAGUCUUCCUCCACUGCCUGGCUGUAGACGAGGACUUCCCCGGUGCUAAGAGACAAGUGGAAAAGAUCCUGUGUGACUUGCUCUCCCCCGCUGAUGAGAAUGUCAAGGUCGGCCUGAGGGAAACGACACAGAACACGUCACCUCACUUGCGUAAUAAAACCCUCGUGACCGAAGCUCAACCACCGAGCCCGGUCCAAAGACAACACCAGGUCCGCGCCGCCUCGGCACACAACCAUCUGGAAAGCCUUGAGAAACGGUGGGAAAGCCUGGAGCGGCCCGGUCUGGGCAGAGCUCAUUCGCUACGCGCGCAUGGCUCGAGUUGUGGCGAGGAAGGGCUGAAGAGAGUUUGCUCUGCCCCUCAGCUGGGGGACGAGGACAAGGGAAGCCUGCUGAAGAGGAAACUGUCGGUGUCGGACACAGAACCCUGUGUUGUCGACACUGGAAAUAACAAGCUUAAAAAACAAGGUGUGGUGAAAGGCUCCAAACACAAGGUCGCCGAAGCUAAACCCUGCAGAAGUAUUCCUAAGGACCUGCUGGACCCCAAUGACUUGGAGUGCUCUCUCUGCAUUAGGCUGUUCUAUGAGCCUGUGACUACACCAUGUGGCCACACCUUCUGUAAAAACUGUUUGGAGCGCUGCUUGGACCAUACGCCCCAGUGUCCCCUCUGUAAAGAGAGCCUGAAAGAGUAUCUAGCAUGUAGGAAUUACUUAGUGACAUCUGUCUUGGACAUGCUGAUCAAACAGUAUUUAAGUCAGGAGUCUGCAGAGAGGACUAAAACACACUUGGAGGAGACCAGUGAGCUUUCUGAUCUGACGAAGAAUGUGCCUAUCUUUGUGUGUACCAUGGCCUACCCCACCGUGCCUUGCCCCCUGCAUGUCUUCGAACCACGUUACCGCCUCAUGAUUCGCCGCUGCAUGUACACGGGCACGCGGCAGUUCGGGAUGUGUAUAAAUGAUCCCCAGAAAGGCUUUGUAGAUUUUGGCUGCAUGCUGACCAUCAGGACUGUCCAUUUCCUCCCUGACGGCCGGUCAGUAGUGGACACCAUUGGAGGAAAACGCUUCCGGGUAGUGUCCCGAGGAAUGAAGGAUGGUUACAGUAUUGCUGACAUUGAGCACUUGGGUGAUAUCAGGGUUGAGAGCAGUGAUGAGCUGCAGAGACUACAAGAGCUGCAUGAUGCAGUCUAUGAACAGGCCCGUGUCUGGUUCCAGAACCUCAAGAUCCACUUCCACAACCAGAUCCUGCAGCACUUUGGGCCAAUGCCAGAACGAGAAGCUGACAUCCAGGAAACUCCUAAUGGUCCCGCGUGCUGCUGGUGGCUCCUGGCUGUUCUGCCCAUCGACCCACGGUACCAGCUCUCUGUCCUCUCCAUGACCAGCCUCAAAGAACGCCUGGUGAAGAUCCAGCACAUCCUCACAUAUCUGCAGAGCACCCCCAACAACUAGAGCUUCCUCUUCUCAUCCCCUGCACAAAUCCUUUGGACUUAAAUGACAUUCAAGCAACCCAGUAUUAACACCACUUUUGUUUCUUCUGCCAUUUAAUCAUCUCCAAGACAGUUCUUUAUAAAAGGCCACAAGAUAAAAUCAAAGUUGAAACAUCCUUGAACUGUGGAUCACUGAAACCAGAGAAGUGGCCAAUCCACCUCAGGUAUACUUCCACUGAUGCAUCAUUUAAAAAGAAAUAAGAGAAAUAUCACGGCAACUAUUCUCAUCUGCUAUCGUUCUUAAGGCUGUUCAUUUCCUUAACAACAUACUUGAAUGACCUUGUGGAACUGGGAAGAGCAGCUACUAUUCCAAUUUGUUAAUAUUUUGUUGAUACUGUUGAAUUUGACGACAGAGAGUAGUCUAUCCAACAAUCAACCUUUUAGUGUACCUUCUUGAAGCGCUGAGGCACAAAGAAUAUUAUAGUUUGUGUUGAAUCAUCUCUGUUGAGAUCUUUGAAAAUUACCUUUUUGGCUGCUGGCUCUGAGAUUUAUGUUAAUGUAGAGGAGUGAGGUAAUUCUGUGAAACUAAAUCCUGAAUGCUGAAAGUCCAAAAAUGUGAGAGCAAGACAUGGUUUAGAUGAACCAUUGAAAAGAGAUUUGUGCAAAACCAAGUGCAACUUAAGGCCAGCAUAUGUUUACCAAACACUUGUGAAAGUAUUAAUCUAUAUCUUCUGAGCAUCGCGUUCUUUCUAACUCCCUUCUCCCACAUGCCAUGCACAACGCCCGUCACUGCCUCCUUAGUAGUGGCAAGGACUCUCUUGUUGAAAGAAUGAGACGAUCUGUGUUUCUUCCCAUCGUUCCCCACUUUGAGUUUCUUCCAAGUUGUUAGCCAUUUCUAUUGCCCUGACAUCAGGUCAAAGAACUCUCACAGUGCUGAAAGCUCAAAGCUUUUUAAAUGCUUUUCUUCCUCUCAAAACUAACCAUACAUACAACUUAUCUUCCAAAACGUUGGUUUCAUAUGGACCUUUGGAGAUCCUGGUGAAGGUCAAGGAUUAAGUGUUGAAGGUUCAGUGGUUCUGUUCAUGUAUUAUUUGUCUGUUUUCUGAACCAAAAGAUUCAGCUACCCGUUACAUCAGCAUAUACUUAAUUCAUUUAUAGGUAAGAAUACUAUUUGUACAUUCUUCCCAUGUGUUUGUAUGACAACUGUUAAGGAGGUCUUGCAAUAUUCUGACAAAUCAAAACCAGACAAACAGUUUGCAUACAACUGAUGGGUGAGCGUUGUUCUUCAGUCAGAGCUGAUCUUUGUUUACUUGGAGGACUUUACUUGCAGUGCUUCAGUCAGGCCUGCGUUUGCCUUAACACCAUUUUGCAUUGUGAUUUGAAUUAUACUAUAUGUUGGCUUUAUUUCCAUUCCUUUUUCCCAUAGUGAGAAGUAUGUUUUAAUAGUAUUUUUUAAGUUGGUUUAAGGCCCCAUUUGUUCACAAUGUGUAUAAAUAAAUAUUAAAGAAACACAAUUCAAGUCAAGGCUGUUAUAUUUAAAUCAUCUGUAAAGACGCUUUUUGGACAGAUGUUUAAGUUAUCAAUUUUCAAUUAUAAAUGCACUUUUUUUCAA